AAUUCAUGUGCGCAGCGGGGAAUCUCGGAGGUUCAUUCCAGAUAUGCGAGUCUACCCCGGGCUGUGUGCAGAGUGGGGCAGAGGGAUCCACCCAACCACUGCCGGCGGUGUUAUGUGUGUGCCCAGUCUAGCUAACACAAAGCAGCCACUGUUGAAGCAUGUAGAGGUUGGGCGGGGUAGGCGGGCGGCAUCCUAGACUUCGACCCAGCCGGCCGCACGGCGACCUUUCUGUAGCCCUUUACUCGCGUUGUAGUGAACGCGUUUGGUGCAGUAAUAAUGGAAUGCAAUUUGAUGCAAGACUGCAAACUGAGACUGGAGCGAAGCGAUCCCACGGCCCGCAGAUGUGGCGGAGGUUGAAUCUCUGUUUUAUUUAUCUCCGGGUGUCUGACAUCCUGAAAUCAGAUCGGACAGGAAAGCAAGCAAGUUUCAAAAAAAAAUCCUGUUGCCACGUCUGGCCGCGUGGUCCUCGAUGGGCAUAAAAAGUGCUCUAUAAAAGGAAUGGGAGACUACACUCCCCUGGAGCCAAUCCCAGCGGUUUUCACAAUGGUGCACGGCUGCAUUUCUUGGGAUCCAAUCCUUCCAGUGACCCCGCCCCGUUCCUCAGACAAAUACUGGGAGCAUUCAUUCGGCGCCUGGACUGUUUUCCAUCUAUGGGGAAAUUGAUCUUGUAGGUAGGAUUCCUGGGGAUAUGACUGUAAGAACUCAGAAAUGUUGGCAUUAGCUUCGGGUGUCCCGGGCCAGGUUUACAAACCGGACUGCUGACAGGAUCAGGGCUGCUCUUUCUCUCUCCAAAUACCAAGGCUUGUUUAAUCUGCAUGCUUUUGACGUUGUGCGUGGCUCCUUCGGCACUCGGCGCACACACACACACACACACACACUCACACACACACACUGAGUCUAUUCCCAGCCAAUUCUCCUGUUCCGUUCUCACAGUGGUUUGACUCCAGGAGCCCGACCCGCUCUUCUGAAAACAUUCAACCGAUUUCCCUCAAGUUUCCCCCAACCUGAAUUGCGGACCGGGAUCGACUCCGAAUGACAGUCCCUAGGUUAAGAAAUGACAUUGGUGAUUUCGAUGAGCAGAUUAUGCGAUCUUCCCAUUGAAGAGGCUUCAGAUAUCCCGGAGUACGCGCCCAUCUGGGAAGAAUCUUUCAGCAAAACCGCAGCGAUUUCAACCCAGAUUAAAUACGGAGAGCCCACAGGUCAGUCGGGAGCAGAAUCCUCUUGCAAAGGAAUCUCAAAUUUUCUAACAACGUCCAAGAUAGCAUACUUCAAACGGAAAUAUGUGGAAGAUGAAGAUCUUCAUCCACCUGCUCACAGUUGCUGCCAAAAAGCACGGACAUUGGUCGCUCCUGAGGAUCGUACCCACAUACUUCGUUUAUCAUUGGAAAAAUUAAGACUUAUUGAAGAUCCCGAAGUAUUUUUGCGUCGAUCAGUAUUGAUCAACAACUUACUGAAGCGGAUCCGAGGGGAGAUGCAGAAUGACUGGUAUUUGUCUGCCUGCUCUUUUGGGGAGACGAGGCCUAAUAAUUGGUUUGGAUCGCAAGACACUACCUGCAGGAAACGGCUGCGGAUUGCCAAGGAAUAUGAGAGCAGCCUGCAUGAUUGCUGUUUUUACCAGGAACGUGGCAACCAGUAUUCAGUGAUACCUUUCUCAGUUUAUAAUGGGGAGAGAGUUGCCUCCACUCUGCCAAGUUGCUCUCGCCAGGGCAUGGGCUGCCCUGACGUUUACGGAAUACACAGCACGCAUCCCAGAAUUGAACUGGCAACCAGUGCAUUGUCUGACAUUUAUGAGAACAUUGAAAAAAAUGGUGAUAAGGAAAUCAAUAAGGGAGAUGAACAUCAAAAGGAAAGCAACACAGAGAAACAUACUUCCUGCGAAAGGGGCCUCCCUCGUGUGUGCAGUGAUAAGGAGGUUGAUUGCACAGCGACAGGCUUCAGAAAUGAUGGAAUUGUUUCUCCUGAAUCUGGGUUAGAUUCCAGCAUAUUAAAGCAAUAUGUAGGCGAUCACAAACUUUGUUGUGUAGAGGAAGCAAAAUUAGAAGCAGCUUGUUUUGCAAUGGCCACAACCAACAGUUUAACAAGCAUAGCUAAGAGCACAUGCAGAGUUAGUGACACUUAUUAGCAGGCACACCCAUUACAGAAACUGAUGUCGAAUCUUUACCAUCAUGCUGAUGCACUUUAUACCAUUCUUGAAACUAGAUCCUGAAGAAAAAAUAUGUAGGAAAGGAAAUAAACCAGCACAUUGUGGUUUGGUUUUCUUAGACUUACCAUUAUAGCAGGUUAAGGUUUUAUGUUAUAGACAGUGGUUUAUACAGAGAAUAACUUGAGUGUGAUCGAAGGUGCCUUAAAUUUGUUACCACAGUGUUAAAGUUUGCAGGACUAUACAUAUCAUCUGUUGGGGGUUAGCUGUAGGAGAUUUUAUAAUAUUUUCUUAUAUUUUGACUUGCCACAGAACAUGAGCUCUAACACAUAGAAAGCGAGAAUUUUUGUUUGUUAUUUUAAAAUUACCAUUUUGAACAGAUAAUGUGUAUAAUUUCAGCCUGUUCUCUGUGUAAUAUUCUUGAAUAAGCCAACAGUGUGUUCCAUGAGCAAACAUCCAGCUGCUUGAGCAUUUCCAUAGCAACAGUUAGACGGCUGCAGAGAAUUAAAUUUGUGCUGUACAGUCUGUGAAUUGGUGGCUGACAUAAUUCCUCCAUUUUUGCUUUUGAAGAAUUGCAAUGCUUUACUUAACCUUUAAACUAAAAAAAAAAUUUCUUCAAGCUUCUUUCCUGCUUUUUGCUGAAAAUCCAAAAUCAUUUUAUCGACAUAAUCAUCAGCAAACACCAUAGAAUGAAAUCUUGCUCGUAGGGACUGCUCAGUUGUAACUGGAUUUUAAAACUUUCGGAGCCAUAUUAGCUCAAAUGAGGAAUGGAAAAUGCUCUCCAUAAAACCAAUUGCAUUUGGAGUGAUCAAGUCCUUUACAUUAAGGCAUUUGCUUUUUUGUUGUGAUUGUGGCCGGUAUUUAUGUUUCCAAUGCAAUUGUAUAUGCUUUUAUAAAAAUCAAAAAAAUAAUAAUCGGGGUCCUUUUCCACGUGAUAUGGUAAAUUGGUUCAUACAAGUGUUUUACAGUAAAAUGUGAUUUACAUGUAAGAUAUUUAUUAAACAGUAGAACAUUUUA